GCACGAUCUUUUUGUUUUCAAAGGGGGAAUUAGGGUUUGGGUGGGUUUUUGAAGACACCCAAUUUUGACACUCGAAUAAAAUGUUAUAAUUCUAAUUUCUUCCAUGUUUUAUACCAUCCCACUCAUACGGCUCCUGUUCUCCAUAACCCAACAAUGGCGAUAACCAAGAAGACGAAGAAGACUCAUGAGAACAUCAACAGCAGGCUUGCCCUGGUGAUGAAGAGUGGCAAGUACACUCUGGGCUACAAGACCGUCCUGCAUUCUCUCAGGUCUUCAAAAGGAAAACUUAUUAUCAUUUCUAACAAUUGCCCUCCUUUACAAAAGUCAGAAAUUGAGUAUUAUGCCAUGCUUGCGAAAAUUGGAGUGCAUCAUUUCCAUGGAAACAAUGUUGAUUUGGGAACUGCAUGUGGCAAAUAUUUUCGUGUGAGCUGUCUUAGCAUAACAGAUCCAGGCGACUCAGACAUUAUUAAGGCAGCCCCUUCUGCUCCGUGAGAAUCUCAUUAAUGUUGAAAAGUAGGAAUGGCUAUGAUUGUUUGUUUUUGGUAAUUUAAUCUUAAAAUUAAAAUGCAAAAAGACUGUUGCAGAAGUCACCGGUCUGACCAGAAGCAAUUCCAGUUUGUUGACGAUGUUGGAAUUUUUUUUUGUCAGGUUGUGUUUAGGUGAGAAUUAAUUUUAAAAUUUGUACAGUUCAAUUGUUAGUACAUAUUUCUAGUACUUGGCAGAGGCAUUGAAUUUACACCUCAAGGUUUGAUUUUUUAUGAUUCAAUUGAGCUUUGUAUGCAGUAAUUUACA